AUGUCCACUCGCCAGUUUGCCUCUCCGGUCACUCGAGGAAACUUCUUCUAUGGCUCAGACUUCUAUGUAGAAGUUCCCGGUAGCGGUGGCUUUAGCAAAGAACGCUUCACUCGUGAAAGUAGUGGGUCUCUGUAUAGUCUCCUAACCUACACUCCACCCAGUGGGCCAGUUCUCACCAAAGCUGGAAAGGUCGCCAAGCGUCAACCCUCUCCCCACAGAGAUCGUUCCGGUGCCUUUUACUGCGCCCAGCUCAUUCAUUAUGGCCUUAAACAAUAUAAAACCAAAGAAGCGGCCAAAAAGCAUCUUUUACAGGCUUUCGAUGCGGAUCAUCAACUCAAAGUACCGGAAAGUAUCUUGCUCGUCGAGAAAGAGCUAAAAGAAGAGUACGAUAAAGCUAAUUUAGAGGCAGGACGACUUUACGAGGAGCGGCGGCUUCUGGAGAGAGAGAGGGUCCGAAAGGAGCAAGAAGAAAGGUCUCGAAAGAAUGCGGCGCUGAUGAAGCAGCUCAAAGAGAUUUCGGAGACGAAAGUGGCAGGAACUGACGAUAGUGGUGCGAUGGUCAAGAGACUCUCAGAUAAAGCUCUCAGAGAUGCAAUCAAAGUGAUGCCUGAAGGCGACUUGCGCAAGAUUGUAGCCAAAGUUGUCAAAGAUGUCCCAGAGCUGAGAGACGCCGUCGAGCUCCAAAUUUCUAGAUCUCAGAAAACCACGCAGAAGGCGAACAAAGGCAAGAGUGCACUAAAAUCCAUCAACAAUCUGAGGGAUCGAGAAUUCCGAGGCCGUUUCGAUGUCGCGAUUCCUUUCAUGUCAGAACAGUGGAGCCAAUUCCUCCCAGACGAGCUCUUCACGCUCAAAAUCUGCAAGUCAAUGAAAUCCUCUCAUUUGUGGGGGAAGUUCGAUUUUGGAGGGAUCAGUGGCAUACUCCGCUCGACGUCGUCCCCGCUACCGGAAUCGUUUCCUGCUGGCUUCAAAGUCGAAUUCUUAUGGCGAGGAGAGGAGUCCGGAGAGGGUGAAUCAUCAUUCGGGAAAGACAACAAAGGCUAUAUCGUGUUCCUUGGUGACGGACGAAUCAAAGGUCAUAUGCACUGGAUGGGAGAAUUUGACUUUGCUGGAAAAUACGACACGGAGCAGUCUCAAAACGUGGUAUGGGUGAAAUCCAUCCCGCACUGGAAGAGCGAAUGGCGGAGCUACAAUCAGCACAAUUAUGAUGUUGCAAAUACGGCUCGCUGGGGAAAUUGGGGUGGGGAGACACGUAACGAGAAAGCGGCGGACUCUGAUACCAGUGCCGGCAAAGGUAGUUCUGGGUCAGACGAUGAGGAGGAUUUCGAUAUGGAGGAUGACUCGGAUUCUGGAUACCAAGGGCGCUCCAAUAUUGCUUUUUGA